GUGGACUAUAAACAACGAGUCUACGACUUUUGUGGAAACAAAAAAAGAAGAGAGGUCGACGAGCUUCAUUGUGAUCUCCUCGCUUCAUCAGGUGAUCUUACUGAGAAGUUAGAGACGGUGCGCGCGCGGCGACCAAAACCGAAAGCGUUUGUUUGUUUGGGUAAGCAAAACAUUCACCAUCAGCUUCUUUUUUCUCUCUUUUUUAAUCUGUUCCAUAAUAUUCUGUUUUAUUUAUUUUUUUUAUUCAAUUAUUCACAAUAGGUAACCCAACAUGUGAAAUAUUUAAUUAAAUGAGAUUAAAAUGUAGAGUUAAUUAAGAUUCGAACUCAAGACCUAAUUUACUCUGAUACCAUAUAAAAUCUUCACUUAUUCUAAAAACUUAAAUUCAUAGAAAAAUAUAAAUUUUAUUAUUUAUUUUAUAUAUUAAUAUAAAUAAAAUAAAAUAAAAUAAUUUCAGUAUCCAAACGUUCCCAACAUUUGAUAGUGGAUGGUCUCGAUACUGGUGUUAGUGCCACCCUAAAUUUAUUUCUUAAUGAGGUACCACUAGUGAUGCUGUGAAAGGUUAAGUACGACUUUUGUGCAACAAAAGAAAAAAAAAAUGGGUGAAAGGAGGUGAGCUUCGUUGUCUCAGUUUGAUCACUGGCUUCAUCGGUUCUGUAUCUGGGAGAAGUUAGAGACAUACGGAGGCGCUACCAAAAGCGAAAGCGUUUGUUUGGGCAGGAAGCUGGAAGCCAAAUAAUUAUAUAAGAAGCUUAAUUGUGAGAUGGAAAAAUCAAGAAUUCAACAAAAAGUGGCAACUACUACUUCAGUACUCACAAAUGCAAAUCAAAAUGCUGAAGAAAUUCAUCAAAUAUUAGAUCAGGAAGCUGCAAACACUUUGAGUCGUGGAAAUCAACAUAGAGAGUUGGUAAUUAGCAUCAAAGAAAUGGUUGAAAGCCGCUUGGACCCUCUCCCUUAUCAUCAAACGAUCGAGUACUGCUGUAUCUACAGGAUUCCAGUUAGUCUUCUCAAACUGAAUGAAGAAGCCUACACUCCUCAGGUUAUAUCGAUAGGACCGUUCCACCAUGGCACCAAAAGAUUAGAAACCAUGGAAAAGUUGAAACUGAAAUAUUUUCAGAGAUUCCUGCAGCAGACUGACUUCAACGUGGAGAUUUUAGUAAACGCCAUAAAGCUGCAUGAAGAAAGUGUGCGUAGUUGUUACGCAGAAACCAUCAAGUUUAGCAGUGACGAUUUCGUUAAACUAAUUUUGGUUGAUGGGAUCUUUAUAAUUGAAUUUUUCUACGGAUUGAUAUGGUUCAAAGGAUCAAAUAGUGUUAUUCGUCAGAACAAUAUACUGUUAAACCCAAUAUCUUGGCACGCAAUUACGUUGGACUUGCAGUUACUUGAAAAUCAACUUCCUUUCUUUGCUCUUGAGAUAUUAUUCAGCCUUGCAUAUGCAUCGGAUGAUGAGCAUCCUUCCUUCACUUCACUUGCAAUUAAGGUUUUUGAGAUUGAGGACAUUAGAGAUCAGGAAUUUUCAGGAAAUCUUGGAGAUCAGCAACCAAUUAGACACUUUGUUGAUUUGACUAAAGCAUUUUUUCUUCCAUCAUCCAGAAAGCUUUUGUCACCAAAUGAAAAUAAUGAUCUUGCUAGAUCAGCUGAUCAUUUAUAUACUGUAAGCCAUUUGUAUGAGGCUGGAGUGAAGUUUAACGUGAGAUCAUGCAAAUGCUUGCUUGACCUAACAAGACACUAUGUUGAUUUGGCCAGAGCAUUUUUCCAUCCAUCAUCCAGAAAGCUGCUAGUGACACUGCAUGAAAGUAAUGAUCUUCCUUGUGCUGAUCAUUUAUAUUCUGCAAGCCAGUUGUACGAGGCUGGAGUGAAGUUUAAAGUGAGCUCAAGCAAAUGCUUACUUGACCUAAAAUUCACCAACGGAACUUUGGAAAUUCCAAGCAUUUAUCUUGAUAACGAGACAGAGACUACUUAUCGAAACAUCCUAGCAUUUGAGCAAUGCCAUUAUCCACAUGAUUCACAUUUUACAGACUACAUUGUGCUAUUGAGUUUCCUAAUCAACACUCCCAAAGAUGCAGACUUACUUAUUAGAAAAGGAAUCAUCAUUAAUUGGCUUGCAAACAGCAAUUCAGUGGCAUCUUUUAUCAAUAAUCUGGGGACGAAUAUUGUAUAUUAUAGCCGGAAAUCUGCUUAUUGUGGUUUGUUUCGAGAUUUGAAUGCAUUCUAUAGGAACACUAAGCAUACUUGGAAGGCUACCUUGAAACGUGAUUAUUUCGGCACUCCUUGGAAAAUAACUUCUACUGCAGCUGCUAUUACCUUCUUGCUGCUCACUCUCGUACAAACUAUAUGCUCCAUCAUCCAAUUUGUGAAGAUGUGAAGAAGCUUUGUGCAUGAAAUUCUGGAGCACGUAUAUGGGCUGAGAAUGGAUAAAAGCAAUAGGAGAUUAAUUAGCUAGUGAUAGAUCAUAACAUGAAUUUCAUGCAACAAGAGUGAAGGUCAUGCUAGCUAUCAACCUGAUGGAUUCGAAUGAAGUGAUUUGUGUGUCUUUGUUUCCUAUUAACAUACAAUUUUAUAGCUUUGUUAUUAUUGAUAUUGUUGGAAUAAUGGGCUUGUCUUCAUGAGAAUUUAUUUAUAUUUGCUCUCAUAAGUAAUUAUCUA